CAUCUUUUCUCUUUUUCUUCUUCACCACCUUCUUCUACUCUCUCUAGGUUCGCAUUCACACUCUUUUCUGUUCCUUUUGGACAGUCGUUCUUUGAGCUCUGCUCUCUGUCAUUCUUUAUCCACUUUCUUUGAUACCUGCGUGCCUGGGGCAUCGACCUCAUCCCCUAAAACAGCAACAAUCCUUCUACUAUACACCACACUAUAAACCACAAUGCAGCUCAAGAAUUCCCUCGUCUUGUUCACAGCAUUGACCGCUGCCACCGCCAGCGCGCGUCUGCACGGCCACGAGCGUCGUCAUCACCAUGAUAAGCGUGCGGUCGCUACCACCACGACCUCCGACGUCGCUUCCGUUUCUGCCGUCCCCACCUCCGACUCGUCCUCCGACUCUUCCUCGUCGUCCCCCUCCGUCGAAUGGUUCAACCACCCCUCCAACGGCCAGUACUCCCGUCAAGGCUUUGGCGGCAAGACCUCGUCCAGCGGUGGUGGUGGCACCAUCUUCUACGCUGGUAACGUCGGUGACCCAUGGGGUAGCAACAUCAUCGAAGUGACCGCACAGAACGCCUCUCAGUACAAGCACGUCGUCGAGUUCGAGGGCAACAGCUCUCAGGCCUGGACUGUCGUUUUCUGGAACAAGAUCGGCCCCGAUGGAAAGCUCACCGGCUGGUACGGCAACGACGCUCUCAAGUUCACCCUCGAGCCCGGUGAGACCCGCUACGUUGCCUUUGACGACGACACCCAGGGUGGCUGGGCUGCCGCUGAGGGUGAGGACAUUCCCAAGGACUCGUUCGGUGGCUACAGCUCUACAUGGGGUGAGUUCGAUUUCUCGAGCUCUACCAACAAUGGCUGGUCCGGCUGGGAUGUUUCCGCAAUCCAGGCCCAGGCCGCCAAGAAGCCCGUCCAGGGUAUGAAGCUCUGCACCCACGACAACCAGAAGUGCUCCACCAUCACCGGCAACGCUGCCAGCGUGGUCAACGCCUACACCGAGGCCCUCAAGACCGUCAACGGCAUUGGUGGUAACGAGCAGAAUGGUGCCAUCCGUCUCUCCGCGAAUAUUUUGCGUCUUUCCUUUCUGCAAAUUAUUCGGAUCUCUUUUGGAGGGCCGGGGCUUCGUGCCGGUGCCGGUCCUUCAUGUGGUUUCCUUGUCUGUAAAUACCUUUAUACCACAGUCUCUAUUCAUUUUAUUGGUCUUUCAUUUUCAACUUAGAGCGUAACUCUUUAUUCUCGUAAAUCUAAAAG